AGAGCUUUUACUAUGGCACAGGUGUUUAAGAAAAAGAAUGAGCACUGAGAAGAAGUUGUAGGCACCCGGACCAGAAGAAACCGAAGCUCCCCGAUUACAGGGUCUUCCCGACGCCCAGGAGGGCUCCGGAGGGGAGGAGGAGGCUAGGGCAGGCUGCGCCGCCGGCGCGGCUGCUGUUCCGGGAGGAAGGGCUCCUUGAACUCCCCGCGCCGCUACGUCGUCGGGCUGCAGCUUCACGGUUUCACUUUUGUGUCCUCGAGAACCGCUCUUGCUGGUACCUCCCGUUGCUCCCGGGGUGAGCAGACAAGAGACCCCACCCCGGUACCCCGGCAACCCAGCACAAACCCUGCUUCGCUUGGUGGACCCAGAUACCUCGGCAGGGGUGAAGAUCGUGGAUCAUGCCAUCGGCCUUUGAGAAAGUGGUCAAGAGUGUGAUCAAGGAGGUCGGCGGCAGCAGAGGAGACCUCAUCCCAGUGGACUGCCUUCGGAAUUCGACCAGCUUCAGGCCCUACUGCCUCCUGAGCAGGAAACUCUCAAGUUCAUGGUUCUGGAAGCCCCGUUAUACCUGUGUCAACCUGUCAAUCAAGGACAUCUUGGAACCCAAUACUCCAGAACCAGAACCGGAGUGUUCUGGCCACUUCCAAGUCUCUGAUGUCAUUGAUGGGACCGUUGAGGGCAGUGUGACGUUGUCAGGCACGGGAGAAGGGAAGAUUUCGGGUGGAGCUGCAGUGUCUGACAGUUCCAGUGCCUCCAUGAAUGUGUGUAUACUGCGAGUGACUCAGAACACCUGGGAAAUCAUGCAGCGUGAAAGGCACCUUCAGCAACCUGAGAACAAAAUCCUGCAACAGCUUCGGAGUCGUGGGGAUGACGUGUUUGUGGUGACCGAGGUGCUGCAGACAAAGGAGGAAGUGCAGAUCACGCAUGUCCACAAACAGGAGGGCUCGGGCCAGUGUACACUGCCUGGAACCUUAUGCUUGCAGGGUGAAGGCAAGGGCCACCAAAGCCGGAAGAAGAUGGUGACCAUUCCUGCAGGCAGCAUCCUUGCAUUCCGAGUGGCCCAACUGCUCAUUGGCUCUAAAUGGGAUAUCCUCUUUGUCUCGGAUGAGAAACAGAGGACCUUUGAACCCCCCUCAGACCACACAAGAGCAGCGGGCAAGAGGCGCCGUGGCUUUAAUCUGCUCUCGGCACUACAUUCCAUCGGGGAGCAGUUCAAGCUCAUGUCAGAUGGAAUCCAUGAUGAAGAAGAAAUCAGUGAAGACUGCCAAGGCCUGUAUGCAGAGGUGAAGGCUGGCUCCUUAGAACUGGAGAGCAUAGAAACGGAGUUGAGACAACAGCUGCUAGUGGACAUCGGGAGGCUUUUACAGGACCAGCCCGGCAUGGAAGUCUUAGAGGCCUCACUGGAGCAGGGCCUGUGCAGUGGUGGACAGGUGGAGCCUCUGGAUGGCCCAGCGGGCAGCGUCCUUGAGUAUCUGGUGCUCGACUCUGGAGAGCUGGUGCCGGAACUCGCGGCCACUAUCUUCUACCUGCUGGGAGCACUGAUUGUGCUGAGUGAAACCCAGCAGCAGCUGCUGGCUAAGGCUCUGGAGACGACGACGACGGUGCUGUCAAAGCAGCUGGAGCUGGUGAAGUACGUCUUGGAACAGAGCACCCCGUGGCAGGAGCAGAGUUCUGUGUCCCUGCCAUCCGGGCUCCUUGGGGACAGCUGGGAUGAGGAGGUUCCCACCUGGGUCUUACUAGAAGAAUGUGGCCUCAGGCUGCAGGUGGAACCUCCCCAGGUGCACUGGGAACCAAAGUCUCAGGGCCCCACAUGUGCGCUGUAUGCCUCCCUGGCCCUAUUGUCAAGUCUAGGCCAGAAACCUUAGUAGUCUGUGGGGCCUCCCUUCCCACAACAUCUUCAUGCCCUCCAGCCAGGGCAGAAUCUUGCCAAGCCCAGCCUCUAGGAAAGCCAAGAACCCAACUCAGGGUUAGGAUGCAGUGAGACCCAGGAGUUGGGAAAACUCAAUAAAUGUACAAAGAAAAGAAUGCGCUGCA